UCAGCAGCUCGAAGCCACCGUCGCCAGCCCCACUGCGCACUCGGAGCUCACUGACGAGAGCGAACAAGUCAGGGACAUGGCGUUUUGGACAGCGAGGAUUCUUUUCGCCGCAACAGCGGUCCUUCUGCUCUCGACCGACGACUCCCUGGCGCAACUGAAAGGGAAUAUCUGCGAGAUGGACGAAGCCAAGAUUACGGAGCUCUUGGACUGCACUUUGUCCAAGUCACCGAAGGGGACGCUGGAGUUGUGGGAAAAUGCCAAGGCCAUGUUCGGCGGCAAGCCACCGGCCCAGGCCGUCCUGUCACUGUGCGGCGCCUCCCCUGCGGCGGGCGACACCCUGAUUUCAGAAUUCACGAACCAGCAAGCCAAAGCAGACAAGCCGAAGUUCAAGAAGGCUCUCAAGGACUGCAGCUCCUGAAGUGAAGACCCAUGACGUAUCUCGAAAGACCCCAUGUUCGCGUUCAAUGAAGUGCUCACAGAGCGUACCUCGUAUAUGCGUGCAGUACUGGGAAGUCAGCUACAUAUAGCUGUCAGGCUGGCAACACUUGUCUCCUUUACUUUUGCUCUCAUUUAAUAAAAGGUUGC